AUGUCAAUCAAUUAAGAACUCAGUUUUGACUAAAAAUCAAUAAAUAGAUUCAACAAUUUUUAGUCAGAAUCUCGUUAUAAUGAUUUAAUAGAAUAAUGGUAAGACAAAAUAUAAAGUUUGUAAUAAAAUAUUCAAGAAAUGCAAUUACAAAAAUAGGAUGUUAAAAAUGCUUUAAUUGAAGCUUAAUCUAGAAUGAAGAAUAAACGUGGUUAAAUAGAUGAUUAAUUAAAUGAAACUAAAUCAUUAGAUACUAUUAUUCCAAUCAAUUUAGCAAAAUUAAAUAAUUCUAUGAGUUAAAUAUUGGAUGAUAGUAUUACUACUUAAGAAUCUCAAUCAUAAAUUUAAGGUGUUAAAUUUUAACCUAUUGCUUCAUUUUUAAUGGAGAUUGGUUUAAAAGAGCGUUAUUUUUAAAAUUUUAUCGAUUUAAAGAUUUAUGAUAAUGUAAGUCUAUAAAAUUCAUUGCCAUCUACAAAUUAGUGUAAAUAUUUAUUGAAUAAAUAUGGUAUUGAUAGAUUGGGAUAUUAAAGAAGAAUUUUGGCUAAAUUAGAUGAAUGUAUGCAUUACUAAUUAACUUAUAGAAAUGGGAUUAAUUUCUAAGAAAGGAUUACUUGAAAAUCUUGAACUUUAUUAAAAUUAAAUACCAACAAUAAAGGAUUGGUUGAAAUCAAUUAAUUUUUAAUAGUAUUAUCCUAAUUUUACUCUUGCUGGUUAUGACAGUUUUUCAUAUUUAAUUUAUUUAGAACAAAGUUAAUAUAAAUUGAAUCUAUUAGAUUUUAAAGAUUCUUUUUGUAUUGAUAAUGAAUCUGAUUCAAAAUUAAUUUUAGCACAUCUUACUAUAAGUAAAUUAAAAAAUAUUAUAAUUAGUUUGUGAUAAAAUAACAAAUCUAAAUUUAUGGAAUAUUUAAACAUAAAAGAAAACAAAAGAAUCUGAUUUUGGUUUAGUUUAAUGUGCAUUACCAAAUAAUAAAUGUGUGAUAUUUUGA